AUGCAUUCCCAUCUGCAUACACCACAGAACAUCAACUGCGAGGAGAUCAUGACAGCCCUCGAUGAAUGUCACGCUCGUGGAUUCAUGUGGAAAGCCCUCGGAAAUUGCAACGACAUCAAAAUCGAAGUCAACAAGUGCCUUUCAAUGGAGAGAUAUGACCGGGCAAAAAGCAACCGCGACAAUGCACGCGACAAGCGCCGACGCAUCGAGGAUAUUUGGGCCAAAGAGCGCACUUUGAGCCAGCCAGCACAAAGCGCCAACGAGGGCAGCUCAGAUGCUGCUAAGGAAUGA